AGUGGGGAGAAACAGACAGAAAACAGACCUGAGGCACAACCUUUAUUGGGACUUGAGGGUGGGGUGAGAUUUUCAUGGGGUACAUGACAGUUGGUCCUUUUGAAACUAAAGAGCAGAAAGUAAGGAUGAGCGGAUACAGACACUAAGUGGGGUGGCUGUGGGGAGCUGAGAAGUGGAAAUUGUGGGCCUUUUUGGUAACACGGUUAUCCGUGACAAGAAACUGCAGUGGGGUAUGGUGCAUCACCUAACAGGGUGAGGGAGGGGCUCAACAUGGAUACCAACCCAUCAUCUAAGAUAUUGGGUAGCUAAUAUAAUUAUAGGGGUGUGGUAGGAAUACCAGUGAACUGGCUACUGCGGUAUUUCAGGUGCCUGGAUCGAUAUGGUGACUGUGGAGGUAGGAGGAAUGGUUGGGUUCUGGAUCUGUCUUUUAAGUAGGUCUGUUUGGGUUGUCUGAUCUUGAGUAUGACAGAGGGAAAGGUAAGAGUCAGCAAUAACCCCAAGGUUUUUAGUGUCAACACCUAGAAGUAUGGAAGCUCAAUCAACUGAGAUGGAAGCCCCAUCAACAGCAGUAGGAACAGUUUUCAUUGGGGAGGCUUGUUUUGGCCAUGUAAGAGCCUGAAGUGUUUCAGAGAACUAAUGAGUGGAAACAUCAAGCGGGCAAUUGGAUAUACAGGUCUGGAUUCUGGGGAGAGGUUCAGGAUGGAGACAUCUCCAAAGAUGGUGGUCAGUGGGUGGAUCAGGAUGGAGCAGUACAUAACAUUAAGUACAGGGAAGCCUGCUCAUGACGAGGUCUCUUGCUUGUGCUUGUGGUUGGGAUGAUGGAUAUCAACAGCACAGGUAAGUGAGGGAAUUGGCCAUGGGAAGGGUGCGGGAGAGAGGAUGGUCAGGCAGACUUUGGAGGGAAGAGUGGACAUGAACAUAUUUACUGUCCUGUCAACUCUCCAGGAUUUUGUUGUGAUCCUUGAUGUGGUAUGGGGCAUUUUAGUCAGGGUGGUAGAUUAAAAAAAAAAACACCUUUUUCAAAAAGAGUCUCUAGGGGAGUCACUGGGGUGGAGGGCCACUGGGGCCUGUGUUUGAAGGAGGCUUAGGUGGAGAGAGGAAGGCUGGGACUGGUGAGGAGACAGCAAGUGCAGCACAAGUGGAGGAGGCCACAGGUGAUUCUUGUGGAAUGAGGUUAAAGACGGGAAAAGAGGCAGGCAGGGAGGCCUUCACAGCAGGACUCAUGGCCGUCCCUCAGAGGAGGGUGAGCAGGGCAUGAAAGUGGGGGAAUGAGCUUGGAGAUUUAGGAGAGAAGUUAAUCAUGGAAUGAACUCUUGUCCCCAUCAUAGCAGAGCUAUGUGACCUUUGAGGAUGUGGCCAUUGACUUCUCCCAGGAGGAGUGGGGACUCCUUGAUGAGGCUCAGAGGAUACUAUACAGUGAUGUGAUGCUGGAGAACUUUGCAAUCAUAGCAUCAUUGGGUUGUUGCCAUGUAACACAGGAGGAGGAGGAAGGAGUAUCACAGGUCAGCACUCCACAGGCAGGUCCAUGCACCCAGAAGACUCACCCAUGUGAGAUGUGUGUUUCAGUCUUGAACAACAUUUUACAUCUGGCUGAACACAAAGCAACAAACCCUGGUCAGAACCCGUACUUGAGUGGGGUGUAUGUGCGAGGUUCUUGGCUCAGUGCAAACCUUCUCCAGCAGCAGAAGCAUGAUAGUGGAGAGAAACUCUUCAGGAUGAUCAUGGACAGAAACUUGUUUGUGAACAGCUGCAAAUUCCUGGUGUCAGGGCAGCCCUUUAUCUGUGGGGAGGUUGGGAAGGAUUCCUUGCUUCCCUUGGGCCUUCUCCAGCACCAGGCCAUGCCCAACAAUGAGAAGCCUCUAAAUGGCCUCAAGUAUGUGGAAGCCUUUUACAGUGGAAAGUUCCAUUACAAGUACAAAUGUGGGAAAGGUUUUAGAGACAAACAAACACUUGUUCACCACCAGAAUGUGUGCACUGGAGAUUGGCUUUGUGAGGGUAAAAACUGUAGGAAAGCCAUCAGCUGCAUGUACAGAUUUGUUCAGGAGCAGGGAAUUCAUACCGGAGGAAGGCAAUAUGAGUGUGGUGAGUGUGGGAAAAUCUUUAGCCAUAGCUCCAACCUUAUUGCACACAAGAGAAUUCACACUGGAGAAAAGCCUUUUGAGUGCAGUCAGUGUGGGAAAUGCUUUCGCAAAAAUGGCCAACUUACUGAGCACAAGAAGAUUCAUACUGGAGAAGGGCCUUAUGAAUGUAGUCAAUGUGGUAAAUCCUUUAGCAGAAGUGGCAACCUUACUAGACAUAGAAGAGUUCACAUUGGAGUUAGGCCUUACACGUGUGGUGAAUGUGGAAAAUUCUUUAGCCGCAGCUAUACUCUUGUUCAACACCAGAGAAGUCACGCAGGAGCGAAUCCUUAUGAAUGUGGAGAAUGCGGGAAAUCAUUGCGUGAUCCCUCUAGCCUCAUUCAACAUCAAAGAAUCCACACUGGAGAAAGGCCUUAUAAGUGCAAUGAGUGUGGAAAGUUAUUUAGGAAUAACUCCCACCUUAUUGCCCACAGGAGAAUUCACACUGGAGAAAGGCCUUAUGAGUGCAGUGACUGUGGGAAGUCCUUUAGCCAAAGCUCCACCCUCAUUCAACACCAGAGAAUUCACACAGGUGCAAAUCCUUAUGAGUGUGGAGAAUGUGGGAAAUCAUUGUGCAGUCACUCCAGCCUCGUUCAACAUUGGAGAGUUCACACUGGGCAAAGGCCUUUUAAGUGCAAUGACUGUGGGAAAUUCUUUAGCCAAAGCUCCACCCUCAUUCAACACCGGAGAGUCCACACUGGAGAAAGGCCUUAUGAGCGUAGUGAAUGUGGAAAGUUUUUUAGCAGUAGCUCCACCCUCAUUAAACAUCAAAGAGUCCACACUGGAGAAAGGCCUUAUGAAUGCAGUGAAUGUGGUAAGCUGUUUAGGGAUAGAUCCCACCUUAGAGGGCACAAGAGAAUUCACACAGGAGAAAGGCCUUAUGAAUGCAGUGAAUGUGGGAAAUCCUUCAGCCGUAGCUCUAGUCUUAUUCAACACCAGAGAAUUCACACAGGAGCAAAUCCUUACGCAUGUGGCGAAUGUGAGAAAUCAUUUAAGGAUCGUGCCAAUCUAAUUAAUCAUCAUGGGUCCACACUGGAGAAAGACCUUAUGAGUGUACAGAAUGUGGGAAGUUGUUUAGGAAUAGAUCCUAUCUUACUGUACACAAGAGAAUUCACACUGGAGAAAGGCCUUAUGAGUGUAGUGAAUGUGCGAAAUCCUUUAGCAAUAGCUCCAGCCUUCAUAUGCACAAGAGAAUUCACACUGGAGAAAGACCUUAUGAAUGCAGUGAAUGUGGGAAAUACUUUAGCUGAAGCUGCACUCUUGUUCAACAUCAGAGAAUUCACAAAGGAGCAUAUCCUUAUGCAUGUGGUGAAUGUGGGAAAUCAUUUAACAAUCGCUACAGUCUAAUUAAUCAUCGGAGAGUCCACAUUGGAGAAAGGCCUUAUGAGUGCAAUGAAUGUGGGAAGCUCUUUAGGAAUAGCUCCCAUCUUGUUGUACACAAGAGAAUUCACACUGGAGAAGGGCCUUAUGAGUGCAGUCAAUGUGGGAAAUACUUUCGACAAAAGUGCAAACUUACAAAACACAAGAAAAUUCACACUGGAGAAAGGCCUUAUGAAUACAGUGAAUGUGGUAAAUCCUUGCAGAAAUUGCAGCUUUACUAGUCAGGAGAUUUCACACUCUAGUAGGUAGUAUGUGUGUGGAAAAUCUGGGAAAUUCUUUAGCUAAAACUCCACCCUUUCCAACGCCACCAAGUGCACAGCAAUAAGGGCUUACAAGUGACACAUGACGAAUCUUUGUCCAAAGCUCUAGCUUCGUUAAACACUGAAUACGUCACGCAAGAGAAAGGCCCCAUGAGAGCAGACAAUGUGGGAAAACCUUCAGCCCAAGGUGUUAAAUCAUUCAGCUUUCAAAGGCCCAAAGAUAUGGAAGGCCUUGCACAUGCAGGGAAUAUGCUAGUUCUUUGUUUAAUAUAACUGUUGUACAGAGCCUUUAUUGGGGAGCCAUCCGUCUUGAAGUUAAUCUUCGUACUUUUGAACAUCUAGAGUGGUAAGAUUCCCUGAGCUCUAGGCAUAUAUGAGUUGCAUUGCACAUUAUACACUUCCCACUAUCACUGCCAGUUUUUAUGGCAGAAGCCAUCUCACUGCUACCAUCUUGCAACUUAACACUAUGUGACUCAGUUACCCUAGAAAACUCAGGCAAGGCAGACAGCUGUGUUUUCUCCCAUUGCUUGGAGAAAAUCAUGAUUAUUCUGAGCCAUUGCCUUCUUUGAUUGUUUACAACAGUGAUUUACCCAGUGUUUCCCAAGAGAAUCUGGUCUGGAUUCUGCUGGCAGCUUGCACAGAAAGCUUUUAUUGGUCAUGACAUUCUUGGUCUCAUGUGAUGUUCAGCAUUAAUUUUCCCCAUCCUGCAGUUCACCAAACAGUAACUCCCU